UCCCAGUAAACUGUUAAGAUUCCACUGGAGUUGCAACUCAACCUGUUUUUCAGUCUGGUGCUUACAGCAAAAGAAAUUAUUCUCUUACCUCUUUAGCAAUGGUUCUCAUGGAGGAGCUUUUCCUGCAACCUACAAGCACAGGCAUGUUGCUUGGGCUAUUGAUUAUGUUAUUGCUGAUUGUCUAUCGCCUUUCAUCUGAUAUCAAAUCUCGAGGAGAAAACAGGGAACCUCCAGGACCUAAACCACUGCCUAUCUUGGGAAACAUGCUGCAACUGAACCUUAAGAGACCCUACCUGACUCUAUGUGAAAUGUCAAAGAAAUAUGGAUCUGUAUUCACUGUGUAUUUUGGGCCUAAGAAAGUCGUUGUCUUGGCAGGUUAUCAAACUGUUAAACAAGCGCUGGUGAAUUAUGCAGAGGAAUUUGGAAACAGAGAUGUCAGUCCUAUUUUCUUCGAUGUUGACAAAGGACAUGGAAUUCUGUUCAGCAAUGGUAAAACCUGGAAAGAAAUGAGACGAUUUUCCCUCACCACACUUCGAGACUUUGGGAUGGGUAAAAGAGGCAGUGAGGAGAAAAUCAUAGAAGAAAUACACUAUUUAAAGGAAGUGUUUAAAGAUUUUCAAGGGAAACCAUUUGAUACCUCGCAGCCUUUAAAUUAUGCCACCUCAAAUGUCAUCUCAGCCAUUGUGUAUGGAAGCAGGUUUCAAUACAGUGACCCUCAGUUCAAAGAAAUGGUUAACCGGAUUAAUGAGAACAUCAAAUGUAUUGGCUCACCUUCUAUUCAGAUUUAUAAUGUGUUUCCAUGGAUUGGCUCCUGGAUAAAGAACUGGAGGCUUAUAAUGGAAAACCAUAAGAUGAAUUUAAAGCAAAUGAAAAAGCUUUUGGACAACUUGGAAGAGACACUAAAUGUUGAGGAUACUCGAGGCUUGGUUGACUCUUUUCUUAUCCGCAAAAAGAUUGCAGAGAAAGCUGGAGAUAAAGGCAGUUUGUUUCAUGAACAGAAUCUUAUUAUAACAGUUUCCAACUUGUUUGCUGCUGGUACUGACACAACUAGCACAACACUGCGCUGGUGCCUUCUGCUAAUGGCCAAGUAUCCCCAGGUUCAGGGCCGUGUCCAUAAAGAGAUUGACAGUGUCAUUGGAGCUCGUCAGCCAGUGCUGGGGGAUAGGAAGAAUUUGCCUUACACAGAUGCCGUGAUCCAUGAAACUCAGAGACUUGCUAACAUUGUACCUAUGAGUCUCCCUCACUCCACUAGUUGUGAUGUUACAUUUCAAGGAUUCUUCAUUAAAAAGGGUACAUGCGUGUUUCCUCUCCUGACAUCUGUGUUGUGUGAUGAGAGUCAGUGGGAGAGCCCACAUACCUUUAACCCUGCACACUUCUUAGAUGAGCAAGGCCGAUUUGUUAAGAGAGAUGCCUUCAUGCCUUUUUCUGCAGGGCGCAGGUUAUGUCUUGGAGAGAGUCUGGCCAAGAUGGAGCUCUUCAUCUUUUUCACCUCGUUAAUGCAGCACUUCCGUUACACUCAUCCACCAGGGGUGUCUGAGGAACAGCUGGACCUCACUCCAGCUGUGGGCUUCACGUUGAACCCCUCUCCUCACAAGCUCUGUGCAGUUAGCCGUACAUCAAAUAUAUACCCUUAAGACAUGAUUUACUAAAACCCCAAAUAAGGAUGCUUCCCUGUUGAGUCUGGAUCCUCUUGAAGUUUCUUCCUAUUGCGAUCUCAGAGACUUUUUCCUUUCCACAUUUGUGUUUUCUAAGUGUAAAUGUAACUGAAAUGUACAGUUUA